UGUGCAUCGCUCUUUAUGCUAUCGACCCUAAUCAAUCGCUCCCCUCUUUCGAUGCCUGCCAUACUUUUAGAGGACCUCUUGCACAGAUCGCGAAAACUGCUACGGAAUAGCGGGAAUAUUCCUCGCGUUCGAUCUUUCUCCCUGAGACAUGAUGGAUACUGAAUGUCAUGGGCAUAUUUCCGAUCUGGUCUGCGUGGGGUUCGGCCCCGCCGCCCUGGCCCUUGCAAUAGCUUUCCUUGAAAAGAAACGCGCAUAUAUCGCACGAGGAAAACCACUACCCCCAGAUGCCAUAACAUUUAUUGAAAAAAGCUCGUCAUUUCAGUGGCAUCCGGGCAUGCUCCUGCCAGGCGCAAGCAUGCAAAUCAGGCGAGUCUUGUGAACCUAUUUCUCCGUUCAUGACGAAAUUUACAGACCGCAGCUUCCUAAAAGAUCUAGCCAUGCUACGAUCGCCAACCUCUUCAUACACUUUCCUCUCCUACCUUCACGAACACAAUCGUCUCGUCACAUUCAUUAACCGAGGCUCUUUCAUCCCCAGUCGACGUGAAUAUUCCGACUAUCUGAUAUGGGCUGCGGAAAAAGUUGCCCGCGAGCCCGGUGGAUUGGUUCAUUACGGCGAGAGGGUCUUGAGCAUUCAAAGCGAUGGCCUAGUCGUCUCAGUAACCUCGCUUUCCGAGAGUGAACACCCCGUAAAACGCGUCCGGAGAGGAAAGCAUCUUGUUAUCGCGCCCGGAGGAACACCGAGGGUACCUCCCUCGCUAUCUGCGCUUGCUGUCAGAGCUCCCAGUCGAAUUAUCCACACCUCAGUAUAUGCGCACCGCAUCGAC